UGUCAGUGGGGGAGGAAUAGUGCCCCAUCAUUAGUGUCAGUGGGAAGAAACGUGCCCCAUCAUUGGUGUCAGUGGGAAGAAACGUGCCCCAUCAUUGGUGUCAGUGGGAAGAAACGUGCCCCAUCAUUGGUGUCAGUGGGAAGAAACGUGCCCCAUCAUUGGUGUCAGUGGGAAGAAACGUGCCCCAUCAUUGGUGUCAGUGGGAAGAAACGUGCCCCAUCAUUGGUGUCAGUGGGAGGAAUAGUGCCCCAUCAUUGGUGUCAGUGGGAAGAAUCGUGCCCCAUCAUUGGUGUCAGUGGGAGGAAU